AUGUCCAGGAAUUCAGAGAAGGCAAACUCCCUUCUUAACAGGUACCAUAGACAGAAAAAUGUUCUUCCUGUCACAGGAGAUGCUAGGCCAAAAAGAGUGCAGUCUGUGAAAGACUUGCGAGUAGCAGAAAAAUUUCGAUUAUUGUGUGUCCAGGAGAUUUCGCAGAAGAUAUCGAGAAUCAAUGACGUCUCUCUCAAUGAUUAUCAGAUACGUGAUUUAAAUGAUGAAUUGAACAAAUUGACGAAAGAAAGAUUUGCCUGGGAGUAUCACAUCAAGGAAUUGGGUGGGCCAAAUUACAUCCUGAAUUCCAACAAAGCCAUGAGCAGCGUUAAUGUUGACUCAAGUGGGUACAGGUAUUUUGGACGAGCUAAAGAUCUUCCCGAUGUUAAACAGAUGCUGGAGGCAAGGAAGAAACAUAAAACUGAACAAGAAACACAGAUACAAGUAGCAAAAGAUAAAAAACUGCGUUUACGUCUUUUAGAAGAGUCAAAAGAAAAACUACCUCUAUCCUACUUCGGAGUGGUGAACACAACAGUUGAAGAGACAAGUCACACUGAUGCACAGGGCCAGGACGAAGAACUCCUGGAAUACGAAAGCAGACUAACAACUGAACGCAGGCGGAAACUGAACGUUCAAUUUAGUGGCGCUUCUACAAGAUCUGACGACGAAGUUUCCCUUCUACACCUUAAAAUACCGGAGAGUUCAGCAAUUGAGAAAUACAUUAUACAAAAAAAGAAGGAAAAGCUCCUAUCCAGUCUUUAG